UCCAAACGCAACAAUUAAAGUGUUGAAGCCUUGCUUGGUGGAAGAGUGGUGUCGUAGGGGCACAGCACAUUUAUUUUCAUUCAUUGACACUAAUCUAACACAAUAUUUCAUGUGCCAAAUACGAGAUCGCCAUUACCACAACAUUGACUAGUGCUAGUGCUUGCAUAAUUGCAUUCCAUCCUUUACCAUGCUUCUCUGAGGAAAAGAAAAAGAAAUACUAAUAGAUUUUGGUUACUCCGAGGAAAAUUUGAAAAAAAAAAUAAAACAUGUCGGAGGCUUUGAUCAAUGGAUUGGCUGGAGCUGGAGGAGGGAUCAUUGCUCAACUCAUCACAUACCCACUUCAAACUGUAAACACUCGUCAACAAACCGAGCGUGAUCCGAAGAAAGACAACAGGAGUCAGGGGACCCUCGAAAGAAUGUGCCAGGUUGUGAAAGAAGAGGGGUGGGAGCGGUUGUAUGGAGGCUUGAUGCCAUCACUAGUGGGUACAGCUGCGUCUCAGGGUGUUUACUAUUAUUUCUAUCAAAUAUUCAGGAACAAAGCCGAAGCAGCUGCACUAAACCAAAAGAAAAUGGGCAUCAGUGAUGGAUCUGUUGGGAUGCUCUCCUCACUUCUUGUUGCUGCAUUAUCUGGGUGUGUUAACGUGCUCUUGACAAAUCCCAUAUGGGUAGUUGUUACCAGAAUGCAGACACAUAGAAAAGAGUCGAAUGGAACUCCAUCUGAUCGGGGAUUGUUAGUUGCCACUGAGCCACCAAUUCUUUCUGCAGUUGAGCCUCUUCCUUAUGGAACUAGCCAUGUGAUUCAAGAAAUCUUUGAUGAAGCUGGAAUUUGGGGUUUCUGGAAAGGUGUAUUACCAACAUUGAUCAUGGUAAGCAAUCCUUCCAUACAGUUCAUGCUGUAUGAAUCCAUGUUGGCGAAGUUAAGAAAAAGACGUUCUUUGAAUCAGAAGGGUAGCAAUGGGGUAACUGCUGUAGAGAUAUUUCUUCUUGGAGCUUUAGCAAAACUUGGAGCUACUGUUGUAACUUACCCGCUCCUCGUUGUUAAGGCAAGGCUCCAAGCUAGGCAGGAUAAAACUGGAGACAGGAGGCACCAUUAUAAAGGUACAUGGGAUGCUAUUAUUAAGAUGAUCCGCUAUGAAGGGUUUGAUGGGUUUUACAAAGGUAUGGGCACCAAGAUUGUACAAAGUGUGCUGGCUGCUGCUGUUUUGUUCAUGAUGAAGGAAGAACUAGUUAGGGGGGUUCAUUUCUUGCUUGGUAAGAAUUCAGCCAACACUGUAAAGCCAAAGAAUCUAUGAUUGGAGGCCAUUAAAACUUGAUCAAGAUUUCAUGUACCAUCUUUAGUAGACAAGUUAGUUCAUAAAGUAGGGGAACUAGAGUGAUUCAAACAACAUUAAAAUAUGGUUGUAGCUGUAUCUUGAUUAUUUUCAUCAGGCUUGUUUCCGUGAUGGAAAUUCCUGCCAAAAAUUACAUGAUGGAUUCAUUGGUUCGUUUCAAGAACAAAACAGUGUCGUAGGUUGAGUAUGCUGCUGAAACCCUGAAGCAAAUAUUCCUUUUUACGAAUAGGAAUAUAAUACGAACCAAAUAUUAUUGUCACCAUCAAAUUUCAUCGGUAGUCUAGUGGAUAAAUGAAAAAUGCAGAUCGCAAAAGACGACA